AUGGAUUAUUUCACGAGCGGUCUUAAAUCCGUUCUUGGUACUCAACAGCAUGGACAGCCCAUCUCCGGCGCGGAAACAGUAGGAUCACAUACUGAAACUGUGGAGAGAUUAGUUGAAAGGGUGCAAUCAUCCACUUUGCUAGAUGAUAGAAGAGAUGCAUGCAGGGCCCUUAAAGCCCUGUCAAAGAAAUAUCGAGUCCAGGUUGGUGCUUUGGGAAUGGAUGCACUCAGAUUCAUUUUAGAAUUGGAUAAACAAGACUGUGAAAUAGUUAGUUAUGCCUUGGAUACUCUUUGCAAUGUGAUGUGCCCUGAAGUUUUUGAAGAAGAAGAAAGUUCCGAUACAGGUCAUGAAGCCCUACUUCAUGUUGGAGAACAGUUUACAGAAAUGUUUUUGAAGCAUCCAGAAAAUGUUAGUCUCAUUCUUGGCUUUUUAGAAGAGUAUGAUUUUAAAGUACGUUGGCCUGCAUUAAAACUGCUAACAACACUGCUUUCUAAUAGGGUAAGAGACAUACAAGAAAUAAUUUUAAUCAGCCCAAUGGGAGUAUCAAAGUUAAUGGACAUGUUAGGGGACAGCAGGGAAGUUAUCAGGAAUGAAACUCUCUUACUUCUCAUUCACUUAACAAAGGGAAAUGCAAAUAUACAGAAAAUUGUUGCUUUUGAAAAUGCCUUUGAUCGUUUGUUUGAUGUGAUUGCGGAAGAGGGCUAUUCAGAUGGUGGGAUAGUUGUUGAAGACUGUCUUCUGCUUAUGCUCAAUCUUCUUCGAAAUAACACUUCGAAUCAGAAUUUCUUUAAAGAAGGAAGUUAUAUACAGCGCCUUGUUUCAAUGUUUCAUUUACCUCCAGAUGGAGCUGAAGAUGGUGGCUGGCCUCCUCAAAAAGUUGCAAAUCUUCUUUGUGUAUUGCAGGUUGUCAGAUGUUUAGUAUCUCCGAGUAAUCCUAACCAGGUUACCUCCUCAUGUCAGAAGGCUCUGUCAACUUCUGGCAUCCUUGAGGCUUUAUCAUCCAUUCUGAUGGCGAAUGGAGUACCUGCUGAGGCCUUGACUGAAGCCAUUUGUACUCUGGGAGAAGCGAUCAGGGGGUCUAUGGCCAAUCAAGACUAUUUCUCAAGUGUCAUGGCCCCUUCAAACCCUCCAAAUGUGGCUAUUGUUGUGCUGCUUAUGUCAAUGGUUAAUGAAAAACAACCAUUCAUUUUGAGGACUUCGGUGCUGUACUGCUUUCAGUGCUACCUGUUUAAGAAUGAAGUAGCCCAAGGGCAACUUGUUCAGACUCUUCUCCCUUCUUCUGCUGAAGUUUCCAGAAUUACCAGUGGGCAGCUACUAUGCAGCGGCCUAUUCAGCCACGAUCCUCUCUCUAACUGGUUAUCAUCAAUCGCUCUUUCACAUGCCCUCAUUGAAAAUCCUCACCAGAAAGAGAACCUCCUCAGGGUGCUCCUUGCACCUAACCCUAACAGCUCACCAGUCUCUUUAAUGGCUCAAGUGUCUAUUCUUUUACAGCAGAGUUGCAGAGUCCAGAGUAAAGUGGGAUUUCUUAUUCUUUUGGCAACUUGGCUAUCACAUUGCCAAUUAGCUGUAAAAAUGUUCUUAGAAGUUCCUUCUAACAUUCCUUAUCUCACUUCUCAGGCUGGUUCAACUGAAAGAGAUGACAAUGAAGAAAUAGUUCAAGGUUUAUGUGCAUUUCUUAUGGGAAUUUGCCUUAUUUUCAAUGAUGAUUCAGUUUCUACUUAUACCAAGGAGUCAUUGCGCCGACUUAUAGAUAACAGAGUUGGUUUGGAAACAUUUUUAUCGAAGCUGAGUGAAGUUAGCCGUCAUGAAUUUUACUCUAAAGCUUCAAAACUUCCACAACCUAAAGCACAAGCUUCAUCUGAAUUAUUGUUUGAUUAUGAGUUUUGCAAAUUAUUCAAAGUCCUCGAAGGUAUGGUCGUAAAGGCAGUUGGUCAAGUUGCUACUAAUGGAGAAAUAUCAGAAGCUGCAAUGAUAGCUCAGUACAAAGAUAUGAUAAGAGAACAGGACAAAACAAUCAAAGGAGCUCAGGUAACCAUCGCAAGGCUCUCAGAAGAAAAGAAUCAAUUACAAGCAUCAUUAGAUCGAAUUACAAAUGAAAAUGCUCUUUUGAAAGCCAUGUCGCAGGUUAAUUCGGGCCCAGAAGGUGGACAUUUAGAAUUAGUGACAGAGGUUGAGAGGUGGAAGGAAGAAUGUAGAAUGAGGGAUAUACGUAUUAGUCAAUUGGAAUCGGACAUAAAAAAUUUGCAAGUUAUUCAAAUGACUUCAGAAGUUAAAAACGUGUCUUUAGAGGAUGGAUCAGUUGAGGAUCAGGAUACAACCAAACAAGUUGAAAAAUUACUGGCUGAUCAAGAAGAUCUUCUAGUACUUAUUGCUGAUCAAGAACAGAAGCUGACUGUUUUCAAGGAAAGAUUAAGAGCUCUUGGUGAAAAGAUUGAAGAUGACGAUGAUGAUGAUGAAAAUGAAGAAGUCAUAUAA